AUGCAGAUCUUCGUAAAGACCCUUACAGGGAAGACUAUCACGCUAGAGGUGGAGUCUUCCGACACCAUCGACAAUGUGAAAGCCAAAAUUCAGGACAAGGAGGGUAUCCCCCCAGACCAGCAACGAUUGAUCUUUGCUGGAAAGCAGCUUGAGGAUGGUCGCACCCUCAGCGACUACAAUAUUCAGAAGGAGUCGACGCUACACUUGGUUCUUCGUCUCCGUGGAGGCAUCAUUGAGCCCUCACUCAAAGUGUUGGCCUCAAAGUAUAACUGCGACAAGCAGAUUUGCCGCAAGUGUUACGCCCGUCUGCCGCCCCGUGCGACGAAUUGCCGGAAGCGGGGAUGCGGCCACUCUUCACAGCUUCGGCCGUAA